GCAAUGUUCUGACACGAAGCGAUGCAGUGCCUCAAUAUAUUGUCACCCUCAAGACUGUACGGCGUACCGUUGUUGUUACUCUUAAAGGGCGUAGGGACGACACUAGAUCAACGGUGUCUGUCUCUUUGAGGACAGGACCCUCCCUGCCGACCAACUUGUCAUUCAAUAGAGCUUUGGGGACGUUCAAGCAAUUUCGAAUACGAGCUCAAUAUGAGGCAUGUUAAUCGGGUGAAUGACCUCCAGUCCUUCACUGUACAGAUCCAACAGAGAUGAUCUCGGAAUCAGUGCUGUCGCAUCCCAAUUCCAACAGACAUGGUCUUGAGUCAUUGUUUCCGACGUUCUCUCGAUGCUCAAAUACAAUAUUCCUCCAGUCAUGGCUACCAUACUGUCCCCCCUUUUGUACGUUCACUGCCUUCUGUUGCCUUGCGGUGUUCAUUCCACACCAAUUCACUACUCUUCAGGACAAUUAUUCACCAAGGAGACUCCCUUUACAAGCAUUGGUAUGUAUACGCGUGAUUGGCCUGUCUAUACAUUAGUAUGGCCAUUCAAUAUACCCAGCCGCGCGCCGAGCAAAACCAUGCCCACGAUCAAAAUGGGUAUUUCUUUCAUAUCAUUUGCCGUCCCUGUCUGUCUCGCUGUCUUGUCAUUGUCCAUCUCAAAGGUCUGUCUUCUCCUAUUUGUCGUCAUCAUCACAAAACCUUUCUUCCCUGGCCCGAGUACAAUGUCUCCCUCAAAGCCACAGUCUUGUCUCCUCGAGGCCGAGCUCAAAGCCCUCGAAAAUGCAUACACGGACCUCCAAAAGGUGAAUGAUAGAUUGCAAAAGAAGAAUGAUGCGUUGGUCAAUGAGGUGUCGACACUCAGAGGACUUGUUCUUCAAGAUUGCCCAGCGUCGUCGAAGAAAGACGUUGAGGAGGAGGAGGGCGAGAAUGUGUCCGCUGGCGUCUCCUCUCCCUACUCCGCUUCCUUUUCCCCUGCCAACACUGCCUCUGUUUCUGCCUCUGCCUCUGCCUUCCACAGCCACGCUCAAAAGGCCAAGGAAGACGACGAAAUGGACCACAUGGCCACAGGAGUGCCCGCAACACCACCAAACACCCCCGAACAUCACCAUCCACCUCAGAAGGCCAUCGUCCGAGAUCCCAGCCUCGUCGAUCUCGUCGUGACACUCCAGGUCGUGCAUACCGGCACCACGGCAGAACCACCACAGACCAUUCAUCAUCGUCGCUUCCACCUAAACGCCUUGGAAUGCUCCUCGAUCAGCCAGUUUUGUCACCGGGUUGCAUCUUCUCUCACGACCACCACCCCUGAAAGAAACGCAUCAACAGGCCCAGCAAGAGCGACAGAGGAAGAAGACCCAAAGGUCUGGACUAGGAUCGUCGAGUCGACCUUUUACCCACCCCGCAGCGCAACCCGUCACUUCCCGGACCUCGCCAGGGCCACCGUCAAGCUGGAGGAGGACGGGCACGUGGCCGAGUUCACCGUCACACCCACGACCCUCGACGCCGCCACGCCUUUCCCCGGCCAGCAGUACCGCGCGUGGUACGAGAGGAACGUGGUGCGGGGAAGGGGCGACAAGACCGAGUACGAGGUCAAGGUCAAGAUGACCGUUCAGAAAGAAGCCUGA